AUGCCGUCAGUUGAGAGUGUUUGUUUCUACCAAGACAAUAGAACUUUGGACGGAAGCUCGAUUGACAAGCUUUUUUAUGCUUUCCCUGCCGUCAAAAAAUUAGAGCUUCAAUACGAGAACCACGAUGAAAGUAAGUGUUUAUAGGUAUUGAUUUUUACUAUAUAUUAAUGCUACGGUAGCUACUCAAAAAAAUAAAUAUAUAUACUAUAACAUAGUGUCGAAAAAAUUCUUGUCGUUUUGUAACGUGUAGAAUCUCACAGAUUGAUUACAAAACCUUUUAGGCGCUUAAAUAUUAGUUUGAACCAAAAGUAGCGGAACAUUUUAGCUGAAAAAUAAAUAAAACAGUGUCCCACUACUUUUGGUUCAAUUUGAUAUUACGCAACAUCGUACCAUAAGUUAAUCAUUUCAAAUGUGUUACUGUAAAACUUGUUUGUUUCAGCCUCCAGCCUUCAAUUGUUCACUCAAAUUGGUAUUGCGUUCAGAAUCCUGAAGAAAUUAGACUGGAAGCAAAGACAUGUUUUUGUUCGUUUCAGUGUCGACUGUGACAGGUUAACUAGUAAAGCCUUUGCCGACCAGAUUUCAAAGCAUCUGGGUUACAAAUGCUAUUAUUUAAUGCCUUUUCAUGUUCUCCUACUAAGAGUGAAGAAGUCUAACGUCACGUUGCAGUUGGAUGUGAAAACUUCCUAUGUGUUUAAAACAGGUUUUUUGUAAGACUCGAGCAAGCUCAGACGACACAGUGUACAUAAAAAAAAAUUUUUUUUUGGUUUUGCACUAAUGACUUGUCUAGCAGUGCUAAUUAACAUGCAAUAAAUUUUCAUGUUCUCCUACUAAAAGUGAAGAAGCCUAACGUCGCGUUGCAGUUGGAUGUGAACAUUUAAUACGAUUAGUUUGAUGUUAUUGGAAUAAACGAUCAUUUCAUUUUGGCUUUUAAAUAUUUUUUUUUGUUUUUUACCUAUCAGACACUAACAAGGAAAAUACCUAACCUGCCCCGGUCAAAACCAGCUCAAAAUUUUUAUACGAAUUUUUUGUACCACCAAUAGUACACAUAAAACUUUUUAGCGUGCCUUUUUGAGAUUUAAGUUUAAAAUAUUUGAAUUUCCCACCAAUUUGGCAACUUUGGCAUUGUGUUUCAAGCACUUUUUUCGAUUUUCCAGACAAGCCACGCUUACAGAUUUAAAAGUGUAGGUUUAUUUAAAGGUUUUCUACUAGCAUAUCAAAGAGAAAUUUCUAAAAGUCAAAAAAUUACAGUUAUAAUCUUAAAACACAAUGCUAAUUUGGCGGUAACUUUAAAAUUUUAUUUUCUGGUUUCGAUUUUCUCAAGAUUUCCGCGAUGUAUGGCUUUUCUGAGGGCGUUAAAUUGACAUGAUCUUACUAUAUAAAAAGUUUGAAGUCAAUUGGUCAGAUAGGGCAUUUGCCUUGUAAGAUAACUUUUUUCAGUUGCUUAAUAAGGCCAUGCAUAUUGUGGCCAGGUUCUAGUCAAGACCAGGUGAAAAAUCGGAAUUAUGUCAAGCACGAGUCAGAAGUAAUUUAUUUCUUUUUCAAAUUAGGUAUAAAAAAGCUCAAUUCCGACCAAAUUGGGCAUGAAAAAUUAAAAAUUGUUUUUAAGUUUUGGUUAUUGCCUGAGGGUUUAGUUUCAAAACUUACAAUAUAUGUUGAAACAAAAGUAGUGGGACACUUUUCCUUUAUUUUAAAAAAACACCGCUCUAAAUUUAUUUAAAUUUGCAUAAUUUCAAAAUUUUUAAUUUUUUCAAAAACAAUUUCGAAAGCUCCACGUAAUUUUGAAAAUUUAAAAUCAAAAAAGUCGUUUUCUUCUCAUUUCUUCUUGUGUGCUCCAUCUGGACGAUCGUGACUACAAUGGGCUGUAAUUUCAGUCACGGCCUGUCCCUGAAAGUUGUAGGGUCAAGGCUAAUCGUGUUGAUAAAGUUGAUGAGGAUGCUCAAGUUGAUCAUGUGGAUCAUGUGAAAGUGGAUCAGGUUGAUGAAUAUGGUCAGGGGGAUCAUGUAAAGGUAGAUGAGGUUGAUGAGGAUGAUGAGGUGGAUGAAGAUGUUCAGAUGGAUGAGGUUCUCCAGAUGGAUAAGAUUCUCCAGACGGUGAAUAACGUUCUAAAAAUGGAUAAGGAUGCUAUUGCAGAGCUUGUACAGAUGUGUGCGACUGAGACUAUUGAAGUUCCGAAUUUUGGGUAUGAGGAUUAUCUGAUGGGCGAAGUUCAAGCCAUUGCUGUGGCUGAUCAAGCUGCUAAGUUAAGUCAUUUCAAGAUAGUUUUUGAUAUAUUUAAGCUUUGAAUUUGAUUAAGAGAUGAUAGGCCUAAGGAGUGUAUACAUAAGCUAGGUGAAGUUAAAGUAGUGUAUCAAUUUCUUUUUAGACCGACGAAGAAUACAAUGCUUUUAUAAAGGAUGCCUUCUUCUUCUACAUCAUUAUUACCAGCCCCACACUCAACCUCGACAUCGUGUUUGAGACUUUUGACGGAAGGACCAAAAGGUAUCACGAAAGCUUGGACAAGUUGGUAGCAAAUUUCCCACUCGCUAACUCCGAACCCUAUUUUGUUGGUGUUCAAAUCAAUGCGUACGAUACAUGCGAAUGGACCCCUUGUCUACUUGAUUUGCUCGCCACGUAUCGUUUUUAUAUAGAAAAAACUGUAAAAUAUUUUUUUAAACUUUUUAAAAUUUUUUUAAUUCAAAGAAAACAAAUUUAACUGUUAUAGUAGCAUUGUUUUUAGGAACUUUCAAAAGAAUUGUAAUUACGGUCUCUUCGAUGCAUCAAUAUCCGCUGAUUGCACCAUUUGUCGACUUCUACAACAAGCUGGCUUCUAUGACUGAAGUCUUGCAAGUUGACACUCCUGAAUGUCUGAGCCAUUUUUUGGGUAUGAAAAUCGAACGCUUAUGUCUAUGCAAAGCAAGGUUCAAUUACUCGUGUAAGUGUUUGACAAUAUGAAGCCCUAAUCCAAACCCGGAGCCCAUAGCAUCUCACCCGGAGCCCAUAGCCCCUAAGCCAAGGCCCUAGUAGAGACUUAGUACAAGGCCUAGUCCUAGCCCCAGCUCUAGCCUUAUUGUUUGUUUUCAGCUUGGCUGCCAUUAAAACAAGCAAACGUGAGAUAUUUAAAAUUUUCACACCACGAGUAUCUGGACGAGCUGAAGCGUGACAAGCUUGUGCUGCCAUCAGUUACAACUGUAGAUUUUGAAAGACCAGACUUUGAUAAGUUUGAUGGAACCUCACUUCUCCGCAACCUUUUUGACGUUUUCCCUUCCCUGUAGUUAUUGGACUUGAAGUACGAGAACUUCAAAAAAAGUAAGCUUUUGUAAAGAUAGUACGAAUACUUUAUAGUACAACUGUAAAACUUGUUUGUUUCAGUUCAAAGACCUCAAUUCUACGUCAAGAUUGGCGUUAUGAUCAGGUUGUUGGAGAAGUUGGACAGGAAGAAUGGUCUGGUUGUAACCUUUUAUAUCCAUGAUGAGUUCAUUAGCAAAGACUUUGCUAAAAAAAUUUCACAGCGUUUGGGUAACAAAUGCCGUUAUAACACCUACUAUCACGAGGUUCGCAUGAAUGUGCAGAAGCGUAACCUGGACGUGCGUUUGGUUGUCAGACCUUUAACGCAAAUAAAUUUAGCUAAAUAA